AUGCGCCUGCCUAUGAUCUUUUCGGUAAAGUCCGCGCACUUAACGUGGACGCCGCCGAACGACUGGUCGCUCCGAGGGGCCAAUUUGCAGACGUUCCGUAAAAUUUCAUAUCCGUUCCAUUUUCAAUUUACCAACCUCAACGAAGAUGUCUGGACGUGGUUUCGGUGGACGUGGCGGUGGCCGUGGCGGCGGUCGUGGCGCUGGUGGUCGUGGCGGUGGUCGGUCUACGGCGAGAAGCGCAUCUCGGUCGACGUCCCUGCCGCCUCGGGCGAGGGUACCGAGAAGGUCGAGUACCGCGUGUGGAACCCGUUCCGCUCCAAGCUUGCUGCCGCGAUCCUCGGCGGUGUCGACAACAUCUGGAUGGGCCCCGGCGCCAAGGUGCUCUACAUUGGUGGUGCCUCGGGUACGACCGUCUCGCACGUCUCGGACAUUGUCGGCCCCACGGGCGCCGUGUACGCCGUCGAGUUCUCGCACCGCUCGGGCCGCGAUCUCAUCAACAUGGCCAAGUCGCGCACGAACGUGAUCCCGAUCAUUGAAGAUGCCCGCCACCCGCUCAAGUACCGCAUGCUCGUGCCGAUGGUCGACACGAUCUUUGCCGAUGUCGCCCAGCCCGAUCAGGCCCGUAUCGUCGCCCUCAACGCCUCGUACUUCCUCAAGAACGGCGGCCACUUUGUCGUCUCGAUCAAGGCUAGCUGCAUUGACUCGACGGCGCCCGCUGAGGCCGUCUUCACGCGCGAAGUCAAGAAGCUCCAGCAGGACCAGUUCAAGCCCGCCGAGCAGCUUACGCUCGAGCCGUAUGAGCGUGACCACGCCGUGGUCGUCGGUUCGUACCGCGUCGCGAAGAAGGAAAAGUAAACUUGCACUGCUUUCCGACUCGCGUAUGUAUAGAUAAAUAUAUGCCUGGGAAAUUGUAUAUUUACUGCCCCUCAUCAAACAAUUCUUGUUGUUUGGACUGGGCUCGGUCUG